UUGACAUUAGCAAUAAAUAUACCCCUGCUGGCAUUUCGUAAACCCUCAUCUGCUAAAAUCUAAGAAAGGGUUUUAAGAAAGGACGAAGGUUUUAGCAGCGCAGUACACCUCGAGGAUCCUCUCCAAGGUUCUAACAAUGGCUUUCAUUAGUAAAUUGGGGAAUCUACUGAAGCAGUCUGUAAGCAGACAUGCCAAUUUACAACUGUCAGCAUCCAACCCUUCUAUUUUCCAAGCCAUAAGAUGCAUGUCAUCUUCAAAAGUCUUUAUUGGAGGCCUUUCAUAUAGCACAGAUGACCAAUCCUUGAGAGAAGCAUUCACCUCUUAUGGUGAGGUCGUUGAAGCGAGGGUGAUCAUGGACCGUGAAACAGGUAGAUCCCGGGGAUUUGGCUUUGUUACUUACACAUCUAGUGAGGAGGCUUCUAGUGCCAUUCAGGCUUUGGAUGGGAAGGAUCUUCAUGGCCGAAUGGUAAAAGUGAACUAUGCCACAGAUAGGGCAGGAGGGUUCCGCAGUGGCGGAGGCUACGGUGGUGGUGGUGGCGGCUAUGGUGGCGGAGGCUACAGUGGUGGUGGUGGCUAUGGUGGUGGAGGCUACAGUGGUGGUGGUGGCUAUGGUGGCGGAGGCUAUGGUGGUGGAGGUGCAUAUGGUGGCAGUGGUGGUGAUAACAGCUAUGGGAGUGGAGGGGGCAGUGGUUAUGGUGGUGCUGGCAACUAUGGCAGCAGUGGGGAUUAUGGUGCCACAGGUGGUGAUGGUGGAAGCGGCUUUGCUGGUGGAAAUGUUGCUGGGUAUGGAGGCAGUGCCAGUGGUGGAAGCAGCUUUGGUGCAGGUGGUGGUGCUGGUAGUGAUAGUUUCACUAGUGGUGCUUCUGUGGGUGGAGAUGGUAGCUUUGCAACUGGCUCUUAUGGUAGCAGCACGGGUGUGGGUGGUAGUUUUGAUCAGUAUGGUAGCAACCAAGUCAACAAUGCAGGUGCUGCCAAAGGUUAUGGCCAGGAAGAUCCACAAGGAAAUUACAUGGACAAUGAUGAUGAACCUGAUGUCUAUGCAAACAAGAGGAGCUGAUGGAUUGAACCUCCUCCACCGUCGCCAAUGACAAUGUCUUGUGGAGUCUUGAGUUAGAUGCGGAAUUGAUACGUAGAGCAGAAAACAACAAACUGAUGGAUGGAGUGCAUGAUGCUUCGUUCUUCAACCGGGUAGAGAACUGUCUUUGUCUCUGUUUCUGUUUGCAGCCCAAAAUUUUCUAGUUCUGUUCUUUUUUAGCCGCUUUUUCCCCCAUUUAUUUAAAUUCCUUCCCUUUUGUUUCCUCCGUUUUUGUUUUCAGAAAAAAAAAACAUGGUUUGAACUUCUGACUUCUAUCUAAAGAAAACUGACACGCUAGUGCAAUUAGUAGUUGAUGCAUUUGUGUAAAACAUGAAUAUUGGCAAAUACUUGUCCUCAGUGUUAUGCAACAUUUUUAUGUAAAAUCAAUGGGAAAAGGUUUCUUA